AUGCCUGUCACUUCUUAUACACGUUUCCCUUCCAGCCCGUACUCUGACAGCGGCGGGCGCAUCGUCUGUCUGGAGCAGAAAGGGGGAGGGAGCGGGGGCUUCGCUGCGUCUCUCUCUCACGGAAACUCAGCCAUGUCUUUAAGUCGGGGACCGCGAGCCUCUUCGCAGCAACGGGUCUCCGUAGGGAAGGGAAAAAAAAAAAAGAGAGAGAGAGAGAGAAAAGGCAAAAAGAAAGGUGUGUGGGGGGAAGUAGGAAAAAGAAGAAAAAGGAAAAAAAAAGAGGGAAAAAAAAGAGAAAGAGGUGAGGGAAAAGAAAAAGGGAGAAAAAAGAGGGAAAAAAAGGGGGAAGUAAUAAAAAGACAGGAGUGGCGGAGGGGCAGCGGCGGGGCUCUCGCAGCCUCCACCCCCGGCACGCAGGUGACUCCGCGGCCUCUGGGUGGCGCCGCCGCCGCGGGCCGCCGCCGCUUGCCCGGUAAGAGACGAGCGGGGCCGCGGCGCCCGGCACAGAGAGCGGCGGCGGAGCGGGGGCAGCGCGGCGGAGCUCAGCGCAGCGGCCGCCUCUCUCCGCGCACGGCGGCGGCGGAGCUGCGCGGGACCAGGGCGCCUCCCGCACCCGGAGCGAACUUCUCGCCUUGCCGCCGGUGCGCCCCGGUGCCCGCUCGCUGGGAACUUGGGCUGCUCGCUGAAAUAUUGGAUUAUGUUCCUGCCGAGCCGGGCUGCGGGGAGCUGAGUAGGGGAGGAAGAAUGCGGGUCUAUUGGAUGGUCUUCUGCCUUUGCUGCACCGCGAAGGGACAAGUGGUGUACUCCAUCGCCGAGGGAACAGAGCGAGGAGCGUUUGUCGGAAACGUAGCGAAGGAUUUAGGAAUAAACGCGGCUGCACUUUCAGCCCGGAAAUUUCGCAUGAUCACCGGUUCAAGUAAGCAAUAUUUUAAUAUAAACGCAACCACGGGGGUUUUAUCAGUUAACGAGCCAAUAGACAGAGAGCAGCUUUGUGAACUAAAAUCUGCGUGUCUUCUGAAUUAUGAACUUGUGCUAGAAAACCCUCUAGAGCUUUAUAGGAUGGAAUUUAAAGUCCUGGAUGUAAAUGACAACUCUCCCAGCUUUCCUUUAAGUGAAUAUCGUGUAAGUGUGCCUGAGUUCCUGUCACCUGGGGCAAGGUUUGCGCUCCCUACUGCCCAAGAUCUCGAUGAAGGUACUAACGGUGUCCAGAAUUAUAUUCUGAACCCUGAUGACCAUUUCCAUUUGGAAAUGCAGACACGCGGGGACGGAAGUGUGUAUCCUGAAUUGGUGCUGAAGAAAGCCUUAGACAGGGAACAGCAAGCCACUCACGGACUUGUUCUUACAGCCAAAGAUGGUGGCGAUCCUCCAAGGUCUGGUGAUGUCCCUGUCGUUGUGACUGUUCUGGAUACCAACGACAAUGCACCAGAAUUUGAGCAGUCAGUCUACAGGGCGAGUGUCCUGGAAAACUCCCCCAGUGGCACAUUGGUGGUGCAAGUGCAUGCCACGGACUUGGAUGAAGGUCCCAAUGGAGAGGUCGCGUAUUCGUUUAGCAAUGCUACAGCUGCUGACCUACAGCAAAUGUUCUUAAUUCACCCGCACACCGGGGAGGUGACAGUCAGUGGCGAUUUAGCAGUUCAAAGACCUCUCCUCGAGAUGCUUAUUGAAGCAAGGGAUAAAGGGGCAUUUGCCCUGUCAAGCACAGCUAAGCUGCUGGUGGAGAUCACUGAUGUGAACAAUCAUGGCCCAGAGAUAACGAUUGCAUCCCUUUCCAAUCCCAUCCCUGAGGAUGCUGUUCCUGGCACGGUGAUAGCACUGCUGAGUAUUGUGGAUAAGGACCCUGGGGAGAAUGGGAAAGUAACCUGCCAGAUCCCUGAUGACCUUCCCUUCCAGUUAAAACCUUCCCUGGAAAACUACUACAGCCUGGUCACCAGCGGGCUCCUGGACCGAGAGCUAAUCAAUGGGUACAACAUCACCAUCACUGCCACAGACUUGGGAUCUCCUCCCAUCACCACUCAGCAGACACUUUGGGUGCAGAUUUCUGAUGUGAACGACAACCCCCCUGUCUUUGCUGCUGACACAUUUGAUGUGUUUGUGGAGGAAAACAAUCCACUUGGUGCUUUUCUCUACCAGGUCUCAGCCUCUGACCUUGAUAUAGGGGAGAAUGGGCAGAUCUCUUACAUACUCAGGAAUUCAACAGUUGCAGGCAGUGCCCUGACCAGCUUUUUGUCUGUGAGCUUGGUCAAUGGGAGCAUCUAUGCAAAACGUGCCUUUGACUUUGAGCAACUUAGAAGCUUCCAUUUCCAAGUGGAAGCCAAGGACAGUGGGUCGCCAGCCCUGAGUGCUGCCAUGACUGUGAAUGUUUACAUCUCAGACCAGAAUGACAACGCCCCAGCCAUCCUGUAUCCCAUCAGCCAGAAUGGCUCAGUGGCAGUGGAAGUUGUGCCCCGCCUGGCUGACGAGGACUAUCUAGUGACCAAAGUGGUGGCAGAUGAUGAGGACAACGCAGAGAAUGCCUGGCUCUCCUAUCACCUUGCCCACUCUACUGACUCCACGCUGUUUCACUUGGCACCGCACUCGGGUGAGCUACGCACCGCUCGCUCCUUGCGCUCCACUGACCUCCUUAAGCACAAGGUGGUAGUGGUGGUGCGGGACCAUGGGGAGCCUCCACUCUCCUCCACGGUGACUGUGGGCAUCCUGCUGGCUGACACUCUGCCCCAGGCUCUGCCUGACUUCGAUGACAAUGGGGAGCCACGGCCGCUGCUCAACGCUACAAACAUCUACUUGAUUGUUUCUCUUGCUUGUGUCUCCUUCAUCUUUACAGUGUUCCUCCUCUUUCUUGCCAUUGCACGGCUGUGCCAUUGCUGGGCUUGUCACCGCCAGGGCUGCUGCUGCAGCAUUUGUUGCUGCUCAGCUGACGAGUAUGAAAAAUAUCGAUACAGUGUGCACAUGCUUCCCAGCUCUCACCUCCCACCGGACAUGCUGGAGGUCACUGGUGUGGGUAAACUGACUCACACUUACUUGUACAGGGCAUCUGUAGGCCUUGGGCUUGAGAACAGCGGCAUCCCAAAUGGGGAUGCUGGGAAUGUUCCCAACGGCUCAAGGUUACAAGUGCCAGGACCCUGCAUCCAGGUGCAGCAGAUCCAAAGCGACCGUUUGAGUGCUGUCCUCAUGCCAAAACACCCCAAUCCUGACUGGCGCUACUCUGCGUCCCUAAGGGCAGGAAUGCAAAGUGCUGUGCAUCUGGAGGAGGCAGGAAUCUUACGUGGAGGACCAGGAGGGCCUGACCAGCAGUGGCCAACAGUCUCCAGUGCUACUCCAGAACCUGAGGCAGGAGAGGUGUCCCCCCCAGUGGGAGCUGGUGUGAACAGCAACAGCUGGACCUUUAAAUUUGGACCCGGCAAUUCGAAACAAGGAGGUCCUGAAUCUAAAAAGCAGACACAAGUUUCCUUUCUCCUACGCCGAAAAGGAGAAUCUUCACAGUACAGCCAGUGAGAGGUUGGACUCUCUGCACUGUGGUUCCUGUGCUCCUGUCUUGAUGACACUUACAGGGCAGGUUUAAAAGUUUUAAUAUUGUGCACCCUCUAUCUGAUUGGAAAUCUUUGUGUGCAGAUGUCAGCUAGGUGAUAAGAAACCAGGUUGUAAGAUGCAAGAAGAGCUGGUAAAUACACAACAGAGGAAAUACCUAACAAACUUACACGAUCAGAGAUGUUCAGGCUGGGGAGGAAAUGUCUGAAAGGUGACCAGACUUUUCAAACUUUGAGAAGUCACUGUGUGGGAAUACUGAGUCUUACACAUGACGUAUUGUACACACUCCUACAAAGAAAACCUCACAUUUACAGCUCUUUAAGAUACCAUAAAUGUUAUCUUUUUACCAAGCAAGCCAUUGGGAACUUGUCCCUGGGAGCCCUGCAUUACCCCAGCAAGGCUCUAAUGCUGUAGGGAGGGCUGGGCUGACAUCCCGGUAUGUGACUGACUGUGAUGCUCUGUGUCCCUGUUGCCACUCUUUGAUUAUUUUGCACAUUUUGUCUCUGAAAAGGUCAGAGUUUUUCCACGACACUUAUGCAAAAAGAGAGAAAAAAGAAAUGUUAACUAUGCUGUUUGUUAUCUGAGAUAUUUAUUUAUAAAGAAAUAUAGCUGUAAAUGUUAUAGAAAUAUGAUGCCCUUUAACCCAAACAGAAGUCAAUCUAGAGCCAUUAUAAAUUAAAAUUGCUGCUACUAAAGUGCUUUAGAAAAAUUGCCUGAGACAUCUGUAUUAUAUCGGCCACUUGCCAAUAACAGCUUUAUUCUGUCGGGUCACUUGGGGGCUGCCUCUUGCAUGUUAUUAAUGAAUACAUGAAUUUAAUUUUUUUGCAUUAAUCUGCACUUUCAAUACACCUUUGCAUACAAACUGUCCUAAUAUGACGAAGCAGAAGCGAACUCCUCACGCAAAUGGAUUUACUAACCUGCUAGUUCUGUGCAGUACCUUGGUGUUACCUCCUACACACCCCUUUUCUGACUUUAAUUUUACUUUUUCUAUGAGAUUAUGAAUUUCUGACCCUAUUAACACUUAUUAUGUAAAAUUCAAGUACUGUAUGUAUGCUGUAUGCUCUUAUAAGAAUCCUGAAAUAUUUAUUCUGUGCUUGUGUAUGUGAAUGUCAAUGCAACUAUUAUUAGAGUGGACUUUAAGCUUUACCGUUGAAUGUAAAUUCAUGAUUUCUUUUUUUGUACACUCGUGAAAAAGUGGAGUAGUGUUAAUUUUUUAAGCCACUGUUGAUUAUCAGUUGUUCUUUUUUUUGUGUAUGAAACACAAGUAAAAUAUCUUUCUUAAAUCAAGCCAUGCAUGCAUUCUGAGAUUCAUUGAAGCUAAAGCCCUGUGAAUUACUAAACCUAUAAUUGGAGUGCUAAAUGUGAUUGAAGAUGCUGGUAUAAAACCAAUACAUGUAUUUUUAAAAAGAAUAGAGCUGAUGAGGGAAUUCCACGGAGUUUUCUACAUUACUGUACCUUCACAGAAUAAAGCUCAAGUGUUGAACUAAUUGGAACUGCGUAAGAAACUACAGAGCUCUCACAUUGCUGCCAGUCGCUCUAAUCUAGGAUCAAAGAGAACAACUGGAUUUCUUGAGACGUGUCCUGGAUGGUUGACGUUUCCAAACUGCUGACAGUUCAGAGCAGGUCAAUUAGUAUUCAUUUGAGAAACCUGAUGCAAGUCUUAAAUCAUCACAGAAGAUAAAGCUCUAAUAAAAGAAUGAAUCUCUCAAAGUGCAAACUGC